AUGAGUUACAACAGGAAGAGGGUUGCAUUGGCCUGCAACUUUUGCCGCAGCCGAAAGCGUCGAUGUGACGCCCGCAAGGCGGCAUGCUCGAAUUGUGUGGAGUUGGAUGUUGAUUGCCAUUAUGAUGAUGUGCCAUCUCAGAGAAUUGACACAUCGGGUGGGAGCCGUGAGAUAUUGAACCGACUUCGAGAUAUCGAGACACUUUUGCAUUCUCAGUCGGAGAAAAUUGCGUCCCUGUCGUCGGAGAAUCCGGCUUCAAUCUCACAUGGUAUCAAUACAACGUCUCCCCAGAGCCAAUCUUCGGUACCAAUGACAGGAGUUCGAACAAAUGUCGGAGCCCGCUACAGUACCUGGUCCUUUCCGGGUCUGCAAGACUCGUCCGAUCUUCCCGAUUUGCCCCCGUUGACCAUCCCAGUCAAGCACAAAACGUCGUCAAGCUACCUGCUCGGGUUACCGGCCAUGAAAGCCUUGAUCGGGGAGUACCCUAAUGAUCUAUUCUUCUUGCUCGAGUCUAGAAACCCGCUACCGCCCGAGUUAUCGUUUGACAAAUGGCCAGUUCCCCGUCCGGCAGUCAACAUACCGAGGGACCUUGCCGAUGAGCUGGUCGCAACAUUUUUCUCAACCGCGCAUCACAAUCACCCCAUACUGGACCAGGACGAGUUCAAGCAGGUAUAUUCGCAAUUUUGGGACCACGGACCUGACUCAAGCAUCGCGUCUGCAUUGUGCAUGGUGAUAUUCGCGCUGGGCACCGUUGCUGGAGCAGACCCCGAUUCCCACAUAUUCGACACCUCGCCGCCUGGCAUGCAAUACAUGCAACAUGCCAUGCCUACGCUUAUCUCUUUAUCGUCGUGGUCGUUUUCUUACGAUCUGCUACUACCACAGGCGCUAGUACUGGCAAGUAUCUACUUUGCCUACAUUGUGCGCCCACUUCAGAGCUGGCGUUUAAUCUAUUCGGCAUGUACCAUAGUUCAGUUCAAGCUAUCUGGCAUUGGUACUCGAGAAGAAGGACCAAACUCUCGAGAGAGCAUCAUUCGCCUUUUCUGGUCCUGUUUCCUGGUGGAGUGCGACCGCUUGGCCGAGCUUGAACUACCACGUAGCGGCCUACAACAACUUACUGAUGAAAUAAGCCUUCCGAGUUGCACUAAUCUAGACUUGAUGCAGUCCACCUGCUACCUCGCCGAAAUUUCGAUUCGUAGACUUCUCAAUCGCGUGCACAACUCCAUCUACAGCAACAAGAAACAUGUUCUAACCCUCUCGCCUACAACGCUCAUGGCUCCCGACGAGUUCUCGAUCCAAGACGUGUCGUCUAUGAUUUCGGUGUGCGACGAGCUCCAUGCCCAAUUGGAGACUUGGCACUCUUCAAUUCCCGCGGAAUACCGCCCCGUUCUCGGCAUCGGCUCGCCCGAGGUUCAGUUCAGCGCUCGUGAGCACGUUUUACGCAUCAGAUACUUUGCGGCUCGACACAUUAUCUACAGACCAUUUUUGCUGUAUAUAGCAACGCAUGGUAUGGAGCAAAUCUCAGAGUCGAUGGUCGACAAGGCUGCUAUGUGCAUUGAAAGCUGUCGCAAUUAUAUUCACAACACAACUCUGGUGCUGCAGAGGCCGAGUCAGUACACAUGGACGUUUUCAUUGUCGUCUCUUGGGGCCAUUGUGGUCUUGACUCUUGCCUCGCUGAGCCCGGAUUUACGACAUUUGGUUCCUGAUAUUGAUGACCUACAAAGUGUUGCCAUUAACAACAUACGACCGUGGGCAUUCUCUAGCCUUGAAGCGGUGGUGAACAUUUUAGAAGACGUACAGAGGAAGCAACGAAUUUUGUCCCGCGUUUGA